AUGAAGACCGGCUUUAUCUCUCUGGCUACUGCCCUUACUCUGGGCGCCAGCCUCGUCCAGGCUGCUCCCUCUGUUGAGAAGCGUGACACUAUUACCCCUAUCACCGUCAAGGGUAACGCUUUCUUCAAGGGCAGUGACCGUUUCUACAUGCGUGGUGUCGACUACCAGCCUGGUGGAUCCUCCAAGCUGUCCGACCCCAUCGCUGAUGCUGAUGGCUGCAAGCGUGAUAUCAAGAAGUUCAAGGACCUUGGCCUGAACACCAUCCGUGUCUACUCCGUCGACAACUCCGCCGACCACGAUGAGUGCAUGACCGCUCUGGCUGAUGCUGGCAUCUACCUUGUUCUGGAUGUCAACACCCCCAAGUACUCCCUGAACCGCAAGGAACCCGCUAUCUCCUACAACGAUGUUUACCUGCAGUACAUCUUCGCUACCGUCGACAAGUUCGCCCGUUACAAGAACACCCUCGCCUUCUUCUCCGGUAACGAGGUCAUCAACGACGGUCCUUCCUCCGAGGCUGCCCCUUACGUCAAGGCCGUUACUCGUGAUCUCCGUUCCUACCUGAAGGCCCAGAACCUCCGCCAGGUCCCCGUUGGUUACUCCGCCGCCGAUGUCAACACCAACCGUCUCGAGAUGGCCGAGUACAUGAACUGUGGUACCGAUGACGAGCGCUCCGACUUCUUCGCUUUCAACGACUACUCCUGGUGUGACCCCUCAUCCUUCACCACCUCCGAGUGGGACCAGAAGGUUAAGAACUUCACCGGCUACGGUCUCCCCCUGUUCCUGUCCGAGUACGGCUGCAACACCAACACCCGCAAGUUCGAGGAGGUUGCUACUCUCUACUCCACCAAGAUGACCGGUGUCUACUCUGGUGGUCUCGUCUACGAGUACUCCGAGGAGAGCAGCAACUACGGUCUCGUCAAGAUCUCCGGCGACAAGGUUACCACUCUCAAGGACUACGACGCUCUGAAGGCUGCUUUCGACAAGACCAACAACCCCUCCGGUGACGGCCAGUACAACGCCACCGGUGGCUCCAACCCCUGCCCCAAGAAGAACGCCCCCAACUGGGCCGUCUCCGGUGACGCUCUUCCCGCCAUCCCCAAGCCCGCCGAGAAGUACCUGAAGAACGGUGCCGGUAAGGGUGAGGGAUUCAGCGGCUCUGGCUCCCAGAACGCCGGUACCACCUCCACUGGCACUGCCACCUCUGGCUCCGGCGAGGGUGCUGCUGCCACUGGCACUGGCGGCGCUGCUGCCACCUCUUCCGGUGCUGCCUUCGCUGUCCGCCCUGCUACCUUCGGUUUCUCCGCCGCCCCCAUCGCCGUCUCCCUGGUGACUGCCAUGUCGACCCUUGUCGGCGCUGGUAUGAUUCUUCUGUAA